AUGCGUCAUUUCUUUCUCUUGAUUGUCUUUAGCCUUUUUGUGUCUAGGUGCCAUGGUGGCUGUUCGGAGGUGGACUCCAUGACAGAGGCUGUGGCGGGGGAGAAUUUUCUUCUGGGCUGCAUCUCCUGUAAAAUAAGAGAGGAGGUCUCUGCCAAAGCUACUGUGGACUGGUACUUCAAACCUUUGGGAGAGGAGGAAUUCAGACAUAUCUUCCACUACGACCACCCGAGGGCCAGCGUCCUCCAUGAGGACUUCAGCAGCCGCCUGGACUGGCAUGGGACAGAAGAUCCAGACAUCCAGGUAGGAGCCAUUUACGUUCACAACAUCACCUUCAACGACACGGGCACCUACCGCUGCACCUUCCAGCGCACCCUCUUCCUGCCACAGGCCGAUCAGAGAGUCACCGUGGAGAAGGAUGUGGAGCUCAGUGUGGUGACUGUAGCCAGUCGGGAGCUGGCGGCGGUCAUCUCGGAGAUCAUGAUGUUCGUGCUGAUCAUAGGUCUCCAGCUGUGGCUGAUCGGGAUUCUGGUCUACUGUUACAAGAAGAUCUCAGCCGAGCAUGAUGCCCGGGAGGCUCGCAAAGCCCUCAAAGCUCAGGCCGAGCUGCUGGAGUCAAAGGACAGCUGCGAUGGAGUGCAGCUGGAGUAA